AUGGAAGACACCAGUGGCGAGGAUGUCAACGAACCAGGGCAGUGCAGUCGUCAUGAAGGCGUCGGCGGUGGCGGAACCCGGGACCUUGCUGGAGGUCUACCGGGGACGAGCACCUGGCGCGUAUGUGCCUGGAAUUUUGCGAGAGAAAGGCGGCAGCAAUUACAAAUUGUUGGAGUCACUACUGCAAUGCAAGAAGUCGGAAAACGUGCAGGCGGAAUUGCCCUCGAGUAUAGAGUGAACCUCCAUCACGCGACUGGUAGGCCGCCGGCCGAAGUACUGAUAGGGAGAGAAUUGAGACAAUGUUAG